AGAAUAUAUAUUUUUUUCACUUUCAUGGAUGAAAAGAAAUGUAAGAAAUAAAUGUCUAGAAGAUUGGAUGAUCAGUUUCUCACAUAUGCCUCAAACCAAGACUUUAUCUAAAAGCUGCUAUUUUUAUUAUUUUUUUUAGAUUAUAACUUGUUUCUUUCCUUUGCUGUCUUCUCUUCACUUCAGUUUGAUGUCCGGACUCGCAGCCCUCGAUGCAAAAUGCUCAAGUCGCUUGGGCAUCAUGACCAUUUCCUAUUACCUGUGGACCACCUUUGUCGCGGUGGUCGUGGGCAUCCUCAUGGUGUACAUCAUCCACCCAGGCGGAGCCGCCCAAAAGGAAGAUUCAGAGGAGAGCAAGAAACCGAUGACCAGCUCAGCUGACGCCCUGCUGGAUCUCAUUCGCAACAUGUUUCCAGCCAACUUGGUCCAGGCCACUUUUCAGCAGUAUCGAACGCACAGAGUUGCAGAACUCAUCCCCAAGCCAACAGUUGCCCAGGCUCUGGAUGAGACCACCACACGCAGGGUCUACAUUUAUGGCAUCCAGGACGACAACAGCACAGACAUUCAGAACUUCUCUUUGGACCUUACGCCGCCUCCUGAUGUCAUAGUGAAAACUUCCCCUGGUACCAGUGAAGGCAUGAACGUCCUGGGAAUUGUUAUUUUCUCGGCAACUAUGGGGAUAAUGCUGGGAAGAAUGGGACCGAAUGGAAGUGCAUUGGUAAACUUCUGCCAGAGUUUGAAUGAAGCAGUUCUAAAGAUUGUUGCCAUAGUGAUUUGGUAUUUUCCCUUUGGCAUCGUAUUCCUGGUUGCUGGCAAGAUCUUAGAAAUGGAUGACCCCUCAGCCAUGGGGAAGAAGUUGGGCUUUUAUGCGAUCACCGUAGUCAUGGGACUGGUGCUGCAUGGCCUCUUCAUCCUUCCAGCCAUGUACUUCUUCAUCACAAAGAAGAGCCCCAUUGUUUAUAUCCGAGGCAUUCUGCAGGCCCUGCUCAUCUCGUUGGCCACCUCCUCCAGCUCUGCCACUCUGCCUAUCACCUUCAAGUGCCUCCUGGAGAACAACCACAUCGACCGGCGCAUCAUUCGCUUCGUGCUGCCGGUCGGAGCCACCAUCAACAUGGACGGCACCGCUCUCUACGAGGCCGUGGCAGCCAUCUUCAUCGCUCAAGUGAAUAAUUACGAGCUGGACUUUGGCCAGAUCAUCACCAUCAGCAUCACCGCCACAGCUGCCAGCAUCGGCGCAGCCGGGAUCCCACAGGCUGGACUUGUUACCAUGGUGAUUGUGCUGACCUCUGUGGGCCUGCCCACUGAUGACAUCACUCUCAUCAUUGCCGUCGACUGGGCUUUGGAUCGCUUCAGGACCAUGGUGAAUGUGAUGGGGGACGCCCUGGCCACAGGAAUCAUGGCUCACAUCUGCAGGAAAGAUUUUGUCAAAGAAGGAGAGCAGGUUCCGCUCAUAUGCGAAACAAAACCCAUGAUAAGCAUCCAGCAGAUGAUGACGUACCAGAACCAGAAGAACGGCUGCUACCAGCCUCCGCCGGGCGGCAAGCACGACCACCUGUCCCCGGACGUGGCUCGCCUGAUCCAGCUGGAGGAGGGCAUCAGGCCAGUGGAGAAGAAGAAGCACGCUCACGCCUCUCACAACAAGAGAGAGCACAGGGACAAGGACCACUGUUCUGUGGACAUGAACGGCCUGGAGACUAACGUAUGAAAGCAGCGGCUCCACCAAAAGCUUAUCUGCAGAAACAGCAGGAGAAGAAAGCUGCUGCAAGUUCACACGCUUCCUCCCUCCGAGACCGACGAGGCCCAGAGCGGACGCACGCGAACAAAACCAAGACUGUUUUUUACUUCAUAACCUUAUGUGAUAACCCACAUUUGAUUGCUUUUUGUCUUUUGUGUAAAUACUUACAGCCACUGAGAAAAAAAAACUAUUAUUGCUGGGAUGCCUGAAAGAAACAAAAAAAAAAGAAGGAUUCUUAGGAGCUAUUUUUAAACUGCAUCCACUCCUGCAUUUCCAGCCUGCAACACAUUCCCAAACAAACAGUGACAGAGUUUACCAUCAAACUAAUUAUCUUGACCAAACUAAUGAAGUAUUGAUGUUUUUAACAAAGGUUUCCCGAAUCCCAAUAUGUUUUUAUUGGAUAUUGACAGUUCCUGAUGCUGUGCUGUUUGAGGGAUCACAGACCUCAGACUUCAACCCUUUUUUUAACCAAAAAUUCUGCCAGACUUCUUGGAUUUUAUGUGAAUAUAAGCAGAUCAAUAUUUUUAGUGUGAAUUUCUGAUGAAAACUGGAAUUUAAACACAACUGUUGAAUUAAAAGUGGGGGGAAAUACUGCCUGAUUGUUAAUUUCAACUUAAAAAGGAGUUUUAUUGAGGCAAAUGGUUAUUGGUUAGAAGUUUGUAAGAUAAUCGGCAAACAUACAUUUGUCAUUAAAAAGUCUUUAAUAUGAGACUUUUUUAGUCUUAUUCAAACUUGUACCAGCUAGUUUAGUGAUGGUCUCAAAGUGAUACUAUUGUAUUUUGAUCCAGAGUUUAAACCCUAUAAACGUAUCAGUAUUUUUAUCCUAAAAAAAAUAAAAAGAAAUCACAUUUUAAAGGUUAAGAGGUUAAGAGUUAAACAAGAGUCAAAUCCAACUUUACUUAUAAGAAAGAGCUUCUCAUAGGCAAAAAGGUAGAAUUCAGAUCCAGACUUCCAGUCCUUUACUGUGAAGUUUCUUUGAGUUAUUGUCUGACAUUUAGGAACUCAUGGAUCUGUCAUAUUUAUAUUUUGACAAAUGCACUCGUACUCCAUCAGUAGACUCACUAUGUCUUUGUCACACCUUUGAAUAUGUGUUGCAGACUUCAGAUGCAGGAGUGAGCAAAACAUCCGUCUGUAAGAAUAAGAGUCUGAAUAAAGAUUUUAUUUUCUAUUUGUUCCUUU